CCCGGUACUGUCAGGCACUGCUGUUGUUACUGCUGGGAAAAUACCGAGAGCACGCUCCGGGAGCGAGCCCAUGACCCUGCACUGGGCUCCGAGGGGGAGCUCGGCACCGUCAGAGCGACCGUACCUGCCUGCCCAUCCCAGAGGGAAAGUCAUCCUUCCCUUACGUAACUGCGCACAAGGAAAUUCUGGUGUCACAUCGCUUCUCUUCAUCAAAAUUGAAUUCGUUUCUGAGGUUUCACGGUCAGCUGGAAAAGGCACACCUCAAACACGGAAACUGUGUUUUUUAGAUUGUUUCAGAGAGGUGAUCUGUCAGAUCUUUAUGUGAGACUUUCCCCUCUGCUUUUGGGAGGAGAACUCAGGGUGGGAAAGAAGCAGUGUAAGACACGCGUCUUCUCCUGCUCUUUGUCACAGCACAGAGGUAAAAUUAUUACACAAUCCUGUAAAUCAGGUCAUUCUAUGCAUGUUUAAUCUGUGAAGGAGACAGAAUGUUGUGUGCCUUUGAUAAAUUUGGGGUAUUCUGAAAAACAGCUGGACAUAGACCUAUGUUUGGUCAAAUAUUAUGAAGUUCAUGUAGAUUGAAGAGUUUUGUGUACAAUGAUGAUAAUUUCUCUCCAUAGAUAUGAUUUUUCUUUGUGUGUGUCUGUAUUUAAUGUUUUAUUUUGGAUGACACUGGUAUAGCUAUUCAGUUUGCAAAUACAAUUAGGUAAUGAUAUUCCAACAGUGGAUAUGCACUUGAGGUGUUUUUUCCAGAGCUGACUUACUCUCUGAGGAACAGAUUGCUAAGCUUUGCUGUUGGGACAUUUUCAUUGAGUCACUGCAGCUACUGGGAUGACUACAGCAAGCUGACGUGCAGCAUCUCUGCAUGAUAUGAGGGAGUAGCACCAAAUUUUAGAUGUGAAAAAUACACAGUAAGAAAAUGGCUAUGGUUGGGAUGAUCGUGGGUGCAGCACGUGUGGACUGCUGCAGAACACAGGUGCAGCUGGAUCUGAGGUGAAACUUCUGCUUUAUCAUUAACAGGGCUGAUAAGCAUCCAGGAUUUCUACAACUGGCCUGAUGAAUCCUUUGAAGAAAUGGAUAGUACAUUAGCUGUCCAGCAGUAUAUUCAACAAAACAUAAGGGCAGACUGUUCCAACAUUGAUAAGAUCCUUGAACCUCCCGAAGGCCAGGAUGAAGGUGUAUGGAAGUAUGAACAUUUAAGACAAUUCUGCCUUGAGCUCAAUGGACUAGCUGUCAAGCUUCAGAGUGAAUGUCACCCUGACACAUGUACUCAGAUGACAGCAACUGAACAGUGGAUUUUUCUUUGUGCAGCUCAUAAAACUCCCAAAGAGUGUCCUGCUAUAGACUACACCAGGCACACACUUGAUGGAGCUGCAUGUCUUCUGAAUAGCAAUAAAUAUUUCCCCAGCAGGGUUAGCAUAAAGGAAUCCUCUGUAGCCAAAUUAGGAUCAGUGUGCCGAAGGAUUUACAGAAUAUUUUCACAUGCGUAUUUUCAUCACCGGCAGAUAUUUGAUGAAUAUGAAAAUGAAACUUUCUUGUGUCACCGGUUCACUAAGUUUGUGAUGAAGUAUAAUCUGAUGUCCAAGGAUAACCUGAUUGUACCAAUUUUGGAAGAAGAAGUGCAAAAUUCAGUGUCAGGGGAGAGUGAGGCAUAAUGGGAAGAGCAGUACAGAAUCCUGUACUGAAUAUAAACAAAACAUUAAUUAUGUACUGUAUAUAUCACUUUAGACACUUCAAUCACGUAUCCUCAUAGCUUUGUUUAGUAUACUUUUUGUAUGCUGUGUGCAUUGCCUUUUAAUAUGGGAAAUACUUCUAAGUUAUUCAUGAGCUGUAUAUUCAUCAAUGUGGCACUCAUGGUUUUUAAAUAAAAGUAGUAGUAUCUGUUUAUAAUGCCUGUUAAUAAAAGAAUUUACAGUUCUCUAAAAAUGCUGCUAAACAAUCAUUGAAUUACAAUCCUGAAGAUAUGUCUGAUUGGGUGGGGGAAAAGUGAGAUUACGAUUUCACAGCAAGCCAUUUUGUAAUGCAGUAGCUAUAUUGUCUUAGUUCAAAGAUUAUCACCAUAAAUAUAUAAUUCUGCAGGAAGCUUCUUGCAAUGUAGCUUAUUCCUAAUUUACCUUUUAUUUUUUUUUUAAAUGGCUUUGAAGAUUUACUUCUGGAUAUGCUUAUUGCUGUAUGUGUAUAUCCAGAUACUAACAGGAUCUAUAGUAUUAACCAAAAGAACAAUUUCACUAUGGUAUUGGACAUAUAUAUUCUUGAUAUAUAUCUAACACACUUUCUGGACUUUUUUUUUUGUCAGCAGUGGAGGUUUGUGCCUAGCAGGGGACAGGUGCUGUCCUGUUAAGGCAGACUUCUGCUGUUCUCCAGUCCACAACCUCUCUAAAGAAUACCUGUGCAUAUUUAUGGCAACUGCUUACAGAUUAUACCUCAGCUGUUCAUGUUACACUACAUAACACACUGGCACAGUCUCUGCUUGUAUUCCUAGUCAAAACGUGCUAUGUACCUGAAAUAUCCAAUCUGAUUCUUUUCAAAAGUUAAUUGUGUUUUCAACAUCCAUUUGUUUCUCUUCAUUUACCUUAACCAUACUGACAGAAAGAUUUGGAUUCAUGCUUCUGGUUCCCUAUCAAGUGUCUAUUUCAAGUUGUGUUUGCAGAUUUGCAGUAACUGACAAUUUCCAUGAGUGCUGCUUUAUUGUGUUUUGUCUAGAAAGAUAGAAUUAAAUGUUUUAGAGAUGCAUAUAAGAGAAAUACUGCUAAGUGUACAUGAAUGCAGGGUAUAAAAGCAGUACCAGUCUUCUUGAAUGAAUUUUGCUUUGCUGUUUAAGAAGUUAGCUUGUUUCUCUGAGGUUGACAGGAGCCCUCUUUUAUUUCUUUCAGCAGGUCAGAAUGGGCUAGCUCAGCUAGUUUCAGUAAUUUACACUUUGUUUUCUACAUUACAUUAACAUGGAAAGAAGGGAGUCCACGUAUUUUUACUAAGUGUUUUUUCAUAAUAUACUAAACAUGCCUUAAAUUCUAUUUUUCUUUAUAUGAAUCAAGCACACCUCAAGCAACUGUUAUCACCUGGAUGUAAAGGGAAUAUAAACAAUGAGAAAAUUGAGAGACUAAGCUUAAGUACUUCAACAGCUGUGUUCUUCAGCAGCUUCUUGUCUCAUGUUCAUCAUUGCAUUUAACUGUCAGCAGGGUAAUUGCAUGAGAUGUUGUCAGAGUGAAGUAGCUUUAGUUACUGUCUAUACACUUAGCUGUAACUUGCCUUGUAUAGACCAGGUUACCUGAUUUUGAUAGAUACCUUGGAGUUUGUAGUGCAGGUAGGAGGAUGUUUUCUGGAGGUAGUAAAAUGUAUUUAGCUCGUUGCUGUCUGCUCUAAGACCAUCCAUGGUGUGGCUCCUUUGUACAGUCACUCUGCAUGUGUAUAUUGGCCAUGGUGACUGGGACAGGCAAAAACAUGGGACUGGUGUUGCUAAUUACAUUUCCUCUACAAAAUUGAAGAAAAUUAUGUGGUGCUCAGGACUGCAUUAAUAUUUUAAACCUCUUCCUCUUAUGCUUUAAGAGUUUAACUUCAAAACAAAACUCUGGAAGUUUGAAUCCUGUUUAUUCUCAUUCAGAUUUGCACUGUAAAGUUGACUUGCUAUACUAAGCUGAUUUUAUAUAAGGCCUAAGUGAGACACUGCUUGUAUUUUCCCUUGCUAUUGUUUACAUGAGUACUGUGUACACACACGUGCCUGGAUGGUACCAUAAAACUUCAGUUAGCCUAAGCAAACCAUUGAUUUGUCUAAUAAAUAUUAACAGGUUUAAUUGAGACUUUACAUCAUAGGGAAACUGAGACUGUCUUUGAAUUAUAUUGUAAAAAAAGGAUAAAAUUAAACUGUUUCUUUAUCCAUACAACUA